AUUAAAUAUUUCAACCCUUACAAAAAUUGAAGGAGUCCGCAAGUAGUGAAUCAAACUCUACAUUCACAAGCUAUUUGAUAAUGAUAAUAAACAUCAACCUAAUGGAUUCGCCAACAAAGGGAGACUCCAACGGCAAAAACUGAACGCGUUUUGGAUAUUUUCAAAAGGACUAGUCUCCCCCUCUCUCCCUUUUCAUCUUCUCAAUCCUUCAACCCGCAUUCCCACAUCAAAGGAGCUACGGCGGAGAUAUGGGGGCGUACAGGGCGGACGAAGACUACGAUUACUUGUUCAAGGUUGUCCUCAUCGGGGACUCUGGUGUCGGCAAAUCCAACCUCCUUUCUAGGUUUACCCGCAACGAGUUUAGCCUCGAAUCCAAGUCCACCAUCGGUGUCGAGUUCGCCACUCGCAGCAUUCGGGUUGAUGAUAAAGUUGUCAAGGCCCAGAUUUGGGACACUGCUGGCCAAGAAAGGUACCGUGCUAUUACCAGUGCUUACUAUCGAGGUGCUGUCGGGGCUUUACUAGUCUAUGAUGUCACACGUCAUGUUACAUUUGAAAAUGUAGAGAGAUGGUUGAAGGAGCUUCGGGAUCAUACCGACACUAACAUCGUGAUCAUGCUAGUUGGGAACAAAGCAGACCUGCGUCACCUGCGUGCAGUUUCCACUGAAGAUGCUAAAGCUUUUGCUGAACGAGAGAACACCUUUUUCAUGGAAACAUCUGCACUGGAGUCCCUGAAUGUUGAAAAUGCCUUUACAGAAGUGCUGACUCAGAUUUAUCAUGUUGUGAGCAGAAAGGCUCUUGAUAUCGGAGAUGACCCAGCAGCAUUGCCCAAAGGGCAGACAAUCAAUGUUGGAUCAAAAGAUGAUGUAUCAGCUGUGAAGCAAACUGGAUGCUGCUCGAGUUGAGCGUGGAGUUGAGGUCUUAGAGAGUUUUAUAGACAUUCUAUGCCCUGUUCAUAUUCAUAUUCAAUGUAGAGGUUACCCUGCCCUCACAAGAAUGCAAAUGACAAUAACUCAUUUAACACAUUGUGCUUGAAAGAACCUUGUUUAGGAUCUAAGAGAUAUGUAGUAGUUUGUAAUUAUUUUUCCUUCACUCCAGUAGUUAUUGCAUUUGUUUAUUCCGAGUGAAUUGCUUCAAGUACUAAUCAAGUAAUUUCAUAUGAAGUUUGACUGUUCAGAGGGAUGAUUGUAUAUAUCGGCUUUGUUAGAACUCUAAGGAGAGCUGGAAGCGAAGGGAAGGGAUGAAUUUUUUUU